GUCGCGCGUGGUCAUCGGCGCCGCCCGCCCCGUCGGCCGCGCUGGUGCAGCCGUGGCCCCCCCGCAGGCCAGCAGUGCCAAGAGGAGCCCCGGGCUCGUCCGCGGCCAGGGACUCUCGAAGAGCAGCCCGUCGCUCGGCUUGGCGCCUCUGAGUCUGAGGCACCCGCGCUCGCCCAACGGCUGGUCCUCGACAAAGGUGAUGCCGCCUCCAGCUGCCGACUGGAUGGGCGCGCUGCAGGCCAGGGUCGCGGCAGCGGCCGCAGCCCACGGUGCGUCCGCCAUGAUGAUGGACCUGGGGCUCGACGUGGCAGCUCCUGCGCCGGUGCCUCCGGGUGGCCCCCUGCGGGCCGUGCCCGGCCUGAGGGCGCUCGCCAAGGUCGCCUCCGAGGGGUCGCUCAGUCUCGCCGGCUGCCUCCCGGGCGCGUGCGGCCUGGAGGGUGGCCGCCUGCUCCAGCCGCGCAUCGUCUGCUCGAGGAAGAAGGUGCCGCCCGGCGCCCUCCCGGCGCUGCCGGGCCAGGGGGCGGGCCUGCUGCAGCAGAGCCUGGCGGCGGGGUGGGCCGCGCCAGGGCCCAGGUUCGCGGCGUGGGCCGCAGUCUCGUGA